CCUCGUCUCGACUUCCUUCGGCGAUCUCUACGUUUCGUGGGGUGCCUUGACGUGCCUGUGUGAUAAAAUUACCCAAUAAAAUCAACGAUUUAUUUAUAUUUAAAUUAAAAAUCCACCUUCCAGCGGACUAAUACACGUUGAAAUGGCAGCCCAGUGGAUAAGAAAAGUCGUGUCACCUGGAGUCACUGGGGCUCGAUUAUACAGUGGAGGACCCCACAAGUGUACCCUCAUCCCUGGUGAUGGCAUUGGACCCGAAAUUUCAGCUGCUGUACAGAAAAUAUUCGAUGCUGCCAAGGUACCGAUUGAAUGGGAAUCGGUGGACGUAACACCUGUGAAAGGGCCCGACGGAAAAUUUGGAAUUCCUCAGGCUGCCAUAGAGUCAGUUAAUAGAAAUAAAAUCGGCCUCAAGGGACCCCUUAUGACUCCCAUCGGAAAGGGGCACAGAUCGCUAAAUCUCGCCUUGAGAAAAGAAUUCAAUUUGUACGCGAACGUGAGACCCUGUCGCUCCCUCGAGGGAUAUAAAACCCUUUACGACAAUGUGGACGUCGUAACAAUUCGUGAGAAUACCGAGGGUGAGUACUCGGGAAUAGAGCACGAGAUUGUCGAUGGUGUUGUGCAGUCCAUCAAGCUCAUCACUGAGGAGGCGUCAACGAGAGUCGCUGAAUUUGCCUUUCAGUAUGCCAGUGACAAUAAUAGAAAAAAGGUGACUGCAGUGCACAAAGCCAACAUAAUGAGAAUGUCAGAUGGUCUGUUCCUGCGGUGUUGUCGUGAGGCGGCUCAAAAAUUUCCAAACGUUAAAUUCGAGGAGAGAUACCUGGACACAGUCUGUCUGAACAUGGUGCAGGACCCGAGUAAAUACGACGUUCUGGUGAUGCCAAACCUCUACGGAGAUAUCCUCUCCGAUAUGUGCGCUGGUCUUGUGGGAGGUUUGGGAUUGACUCCAAGUGGAAAUAUCGGACUCAAUGGUGCCCUCUUCGAGUCUGUGCAUGGAACUGCCCCAGAUAUCGCUGGUCACGAUAAAGCCAACCCCACAGCCCUCCUCCUCUCCGCAGUAAUGAUGCUGAAGCACAUGGGACUCACAGAUUAUGCCAGAAACAUCGAACAUGCAGCUUAUGAUACCAUCAAAGAAGCCAAAUAUUUAACUGGGGAUCUGGGGGGCACUGCCAAAUGCAGCGAGUACACAAACGAAAUCUGUAAGAAAGUCGCUGCCAAGUCGAAUUAAUUCAUUGUUGCCUGUUAAGUCGUGGGAAACUGUUGAGAGCUAUCAGGAAUCAGUGAAAAAGUGGUAAAACGAGAGACGAGAAACGAGAAUUGGGUCGAAUCUCGUUCUACGAUUUUUUGUACUGAGAAUUUUUCAUCUGCAAAUCACCAAAUACUCGUCGAAUAUUUAAUCACUAUAGAAGAAAUCCGUUUUCAUUCAUCUUUAGUUUCCAAAAUGGUUUUCAAAUGCCUGUAGAAAGAAUUGUGUGAAUUCAAACGAAUUGAAUUAUCAUUCGCUGGCAUGUGUCAUACGUCCAUUGAACUGUCGUAGUGAAUUUUAUGUAAUGUACUAUCUACUGUGAAAAGUCAAAUCUCGAGUCUCUAGUGUUUAAACCGAAAGAAUAAAGUUGGGAAAUGAUAUUUUCCACGAUCAAGUGAACUGUAUAGGACUGUAUAAAUACCAAUCGAUAAGUCGUUGCGAGAGGAGUGCAAUCCUCAGUGAGAAAAAUCAUUAGAUGACGAACGUGUUCGUGCAGUAUUAAUGAUCAAUAAAGUUGAAACAAAAACGA